AUGGCUCGAUUGGCCGAGUCUCCUGCGCCGCCUAAUGGCACUCAGUCCGUCAAGAAACCCCAGACCACGAAGAAUGGCGCAUUUAACACCUUUCUCUCAUCACCCGGCAAGCCCUCCGGCUCACAGUCGCCGCACCCGAACAAGCGCAUCAAGAGCCUCGCGCCUACUGGAACUCCACGUUCGGAUGCUUCGCGAUCCCGUUCGCCGCCUUCACAAAACCCCUCUCCGCGCUUUCCCGUAAGCCCCUCGCCGCGCAAGGCCUUGAGCGAUACCGCCGACGACGUGGAUGCUGUCGACCGUAGCACGCCUGCCGAUACCGUUACUGCCGCUGCUCCCGCUGAGAACGAUACCUCAGAGCGGACCUCGUCCACUGCCCCAGUUACUGCCAUGGAGGCUACACCUGACGCGGAAGCCUCCGGGUCUACACCGGAACCAGGUGCGCCCCGGGCUGGCGUUGUAUCCUCUGUUCGCAAGACAUUUUCCAACGUGGUCAACAAUAUAACUGGACAGCGCACUGGUACUACAACUGUCACAUCAACUUUUGAACAGACCAUUGUGAGCCGCAAGCGCAGUAGGGAGCCAAAUGUAGAGGAAAGCCCUGCUCCUGCCGAUAAGGAGACUGAUCAAGAGAUUGAGGCUGCGAAUGGCACUGAGGGCAAUACCACUAUCCAGCUCGGAAACCAGUUUGAAGCCGAAGUAGAGGCUGAGGAGAUUCGUGCAAAGAGCCCCGUCAAGGAGGCAGUGCAAGGGAUCAAGACUGACUUGACUGUAGUGGCUUCUCCUGCAGCAGAGGAUGCCGAGAUCAACGUUGCCACGUCCACUGAUAACGCCGAUACUGUUGAGGCUGCUCCUACCGAAAACUCCGCUACGAAUGCCGCGGGCGACGAGGACGUGGAGAUGGACGACCCAAAGAACGGCAUGUUUGUGUUUGAUAAGAUCCUUGGACAUCGCCGCGAUCCUAACGAUAAGACCCUCUUUCAAAUGCACAUCAACUGGAAGCACGACGAUCCCACGUGGGAGACUGAACAGACUAUUCACGAGGAUGCCGAGGAAGCACUCUUUGCGUACUGGAACAGCCUCAAGGGUGGCAGGCUAGGUGCCAUGGCCGACAAGAAUCUCUGGCACGCUCUCCGGGUCGAAAAGCACAAGCAGAAGCCUUCUGGCGCAGUCCAGCUCUACGUUUGCUGGAUUGGCUCCCCUGAGCGAUCAUGGGAGCCCGAGUCGCAAGUCGAGGUGUAUGCUCGCCAGCACGUCGAAAACUAUUGGAAGUCCAAGGGUGGGCGCGAGAAGUGCAUCAAGGCUGUUGCUAUGCCUGUCAAGAAGGGACGCGGUCGCCCUCGCAAGAUCAAUGCUGCGGAGUCAGAUAUCGAGAUUGAGGUCUUGAAAGAGGCUUCAAACGAGCCUAAGCCCAGAGGUAGACCCGGACGUAAGCAGAAGCGCGAUGACGCCGCAGCUGAGGAGUCGCAGCCUGAGAAGUCUGAAGAAGCAUCCGUUGCUGAGGACAAGCCUGCGCCUGCGGCCAAGGAGCAGUCUGAGGCAGACGAAGAGCCCCCCAAGAAGCGUGCCCGCGGCCGUCCUCGCAAGGUUAACGCUCAAGCAUGA